AGCAUUACUUUCCUGUGAGAGGUUGACGGGUAAACAGUGCACGGCUUAGCUCAGCUCUGACUAGUACACCCCCCACUGGAAGGUUGAAACACAGGCAGGCAGGCUCACUCUCACCGCUCAGACAUUACUGAGAGAGGAACAGAGAGGAGAAGACAGACAGACGAGAGAGAGACGACAGAGAGAGAGAGAGAGAUCAGAGGGAAUAAGAGCAGGGUAGUAGCUCAGUGUCACAACAAGAGAAGAGAAUCAGACUGCCAGUCAUCUUCUAACUCUGUCUGAACAGGGACUUCUUGACUGAAGCUCUGUGUUCUAUUGUGCUGUGUAGUCACAGUAUAGUGAGGGAAGCCUCACAGAGGGAGUGUGUGGGGUGGUUAUUGUAUUGCGUUUCAGCACAGCAAGAGAGAGAGAGUUUCCUCAGAGGAAAAGGAGGAGAGCUGUUUCUGUCUCUAGUCGCUGUCGUUCCCCUGAGUGUGUGAGAGGGUUGGCUCUUUGGGGACAGGAAGAGCAGGGCUUGCGAUGCGACCUGAGCGCUGAGUGGAGUAUGCUGCAGACGAUUUACGAGAGCGAGUCAAAUUUCUCCACCACAACAAACGAGCUCGUUGGCCACCAGCGACUCUUGGACCAGCAGAAGAUGCACAACGUUAACUCAGUGGACAUUAAGCCAGAGGUACUUUUGGACCCCGUGUCUCCGUUGGACCUGCGUACAGACCUGAGGAUGCUGGGGCCUGGCUCGGACCCGGGAAUGUGGGAGCGUCAGUUGCAGCAGGAGCUGCUCCUCAUCCAGAAACAGCAGCAGGUCCAGAAACAGCUGCUGAUCAGCGAGUUCCAGAAGCAGCAUGAGAAUCUGACCCGCCAGCACCAGGCCCAGCUCCAGGAGCACCUCAAGCUGCAACAGGAGCUGCAGGCCAUGAAGCAGCAGCAGGAGCUGGUGGAGAAGGAGAGGAGGCAACAGCAGCAGCAGCAGAGCCAGCAGGAGAAGGAGCAGGAGAGACAUCGGAGGGAGCAGCAUGUCCUCUGUCUCAGCCUCAGGGGCAAGGAGCGCACCAGAGAGAGUCUCACAGGUGCUGUGGCCAGUAAUGAGGUGAAGCAGAAACUCCAAGAGUUUCUGUUGAGUAAAUCAAACAAGGACCUGUCCACUGCCGGAGCCACACACACGCUUAUCCAUCACCCCAAGCUCUGGUACACGUCCUCCCACCACACGUCUCUGGACCAGAGUUCUUCUCCCCUGGGAGGCAUGUCUCCUGUCUGCCACUACACACUCCCCUCCCAUCAGGACGGACAGGACGACUUCCCACUGAGGAAAACAGCCUCAGAGCCCAACCUGAAGGUGAAGUCUAGACUGAAGCAGAAGGUAGCAGAGAGGAGGAGUAGUCCACUGCUGAAGAGGAAAGACAGCAACGUCAUGACCCCCUACAAGAAGAGGGCCCUAGAAAUGAUGGGUACAACUUACUCUACAGCCACUAACAGUGCUCCAGGCUCAGGACCCAGCUCUCCCAUCGGAGCCUCCAGCGCCCUGGGGGCCGAGAACGGGCCCUCCUCUCUCCCCACCACCACAAAAACCGAGCGCUGGCCAUCACAGCCUAGGUUAUUUCGUCCAGAGGGCUCCAUGUCCAACCUUCUGAGCUUAUACACGUCUCCCUCCUUACCCAACAUCACCCUGGGCCUCUCUGCCACCUCCUCCCAGAUCAGCGCUGCCAUCGGGCUGAAGGAGAAGACUGGGGAGGUCAGACAUGGUCUACCAGGGCAGCUCCUGGGGCCUGUGCCCAUGCCCACGGUGACCUCCAUGGAGACCAAGGUGUCCCCCAGCCAUCAGGCCCUGCUCCAACACCUCCUUCAGAAGGAACAGAUAAGACGGCAGAAGAUCCUCUCCUCCUCUGGUCAAGGCUCCAUGCCCGCCCACCCCCACUCCCCUCUGGCCAUGAAGGACAGGCCCUCCUCCAACAGCAGACCCAAGCUACCCAAGCACCGGCCCCUGAACCGGACCCAGUCAGCCCCUCUGCCCCAGAGCACCCUGGCUCAGCUGGUCAUCCAGCAGCAACACCAGCACUUCCUGGAGAAGCAGAAACAGUACCAGCAGCAGAUCCACAUCAAUAAGCUGCUGUCCAAGUCCAUUGAGCAACUCCGUCAGCCCAGCUCCCUGGUCAACCCACACCUGCAGGAGUCAGAGGAAGAGGAGGACAACACCCGGAGGAUGGAGGAUGAGAGGAUGGACAUGCAGGAGGACAGGAUGCCCCCUGGUGGCGUGAUCCAGAAACACACCCUUCGUUCCAGCAGCAGCAGUGGCAGCAACAGCUCUCUCGGGGAGCUGUCCUCCAUCGUAGAGGCCCACCACCGCCUGGGGGUCAUAAAGGUCAAAGAGGAGCCAAUCGACAGCGAGGACGAGUCCCUGUCCAAUCAGAACCUAGCGGCGGAGCAGAGUGCCUCACUCCACCAGGUUAAAGGUCAGCUGGUGAUAAGAGCUAUGAUCUGAGAGGGGGCAGAAGAUGAAGGAGAUCACACACUGCGACAUUCAGAGACGCAUACGUACACACACACACACACACACACACACACACACACACACACACACACACACACACACACACACACACACACACACACACACACACACACACACUGCAGCCAACACACACACAGAGCCAACUAGGACUCCCCAGGCAAUCCUCUCCCUGCCCUGAGAUGUGACGCUGUCUCAGUGAAGUGCAGCCGCACCCCAAACCCCCACCAGACUGACUCUCUGUUUGUGAACUUUGUGAAGUGAUCUGUAAUGUAAAGUAUGUUUCACCGUGCUGUAUAUAACAUGAAGAGAAGAUUUACUAGAAGAAUGCUCCUUCUUUUUUUACUUCUAAGGAACUGCUUUGAUUGUUUUCAGGUUCUGCUCAAUUGACAUAAUGUAAUAUGUAUGUAUACAGUAGAUUUAGCGUAAGAGAAUAUUCUAGAAGGGAGGGAAAGUUUUACCGUUGUACAGUUUAUGAAUGCCAUUUUAUGUUCCCAUAGUGUAACAUUUAUGUCAUCAAUUCACUUCAACUUUGACUUGCUGACUGUUGUUGUUUUAUUCAAAAAGAAAAAGUAAAACGUCAUAUUCUCCGUCAUUCUCCAAAAAGCUGUGAUGUUCUGUGUUCAGUGGUCUCUGAAAAUGACAUGAAAAUAAGGAAGCAUGCUCAUGUCUGUAUGAGAGAGAAUGUAUUGUUCAACCUUAACACAACACAACCCACCCUUAGCACUGACUACAGCCAGCUUACACUGGGAAUGAGACUGUUUAUUGAUGUACAGUACUGCAGAGUGGAGGAGCAAAUGCUAAAUCAGUGGAUGGAUGGAUGGAUGGAUGGAUGGAUGGAUGGAUGGAUGGAUGGAUGGAUGGAUGGAUGGAUGGAUGGAUGGAUAAAUGGAUGGAUAAAUGGAUGGAUGGAUGGAUGGAUGGUGCAGGCAGUCAGCUCCAUCAGACCAUAGGACCAGGUCUGCUUCUCAAAUGGGCAUCCCAUAGGCCUCAGGUUAAAAGUUCUGUGCUAUAUAGGGAAUAUAGCAAGAACAAAACAACAAAAUCAUCCUGGUUUGCCACGGUCCUGUGUUGAGAUGCCAUAUCAUCCUAAUCCUCAUCAUCCUCCUCUUCCUCCUCCUCCUCCUCCCUUCAGGGUCCAAAUCAAGCUCAGCCAGGUUCCUGCACAACUUUCAGCAGAGGAAUCACUAACAGAGAGAAGGAGAGAGAAAGAGAGGGAGAGAAAGAGGGAGCGAGAGAGAGAGAGAUUGAGAGAGAGAGAAGGAGAGGGAGAAAGUGAGAGAGCGAGAAAUAGAAGAAGAGAAAUAACGAGAGAGGGAGAGAGAGAGAGAGAGAGAGAGAAGGAGAGAAAGAGAGAGAGAGAGAAAGAGGGAGAAGGAGAGAAAGAGAGACAGAGAGAGAGAAAAGUAGAGGGAGAGAGAGAGAGAGAGAGAGAGAGAGAGAGAGAGAGAGAGAGAGAGAGGGAGAAGGAGAAGGAGAGGAGAGAGUAGAGGGCGGGCAGGAAAUGCCUUCUAGAAGCCAGGAGUCGGAAUGAUUCAUGUGUGCAGGAAUGUUAGGGGAGAGGAGGACCCAGGGUUGUAGGAGUCCAAGGGGCCAGGCUUGAGAAUUGAUUUACUGUCAAGGCGAAUUACAAAGCGACUGGGGAUAUGGUUAAGGGAGACCCUUUUUUAAAGGGAAUCGCUUCCUUCAUACUCCCCAGUGACAUGCUUACCUCCACACGCAGGUUUGAUGUUACUUCAAUAAAAUAAAAAACAAGAUGGGACCUCUCUCCUUCUCCUCAACCCCCAACCCUGACUUCCUCUUGAAAUUGCCCCAUGCAACAUGUCGACUUAAAGUGGUCAAUCAAUGUAUUGCAAAGCUGUAACUUUUUUUUCCUGUUUCGUUUGUCUUGUCAAUGUAUAAAAUGUUAGUAUGGGGUUCUGUGUUUGGGUUCCUGUGAAAGACAUAAACUAUGUCUGUCAGUCUGUCUGUCUGCCUGUCUGACUCAUACUGUACAUUUAGCUCAACCCAUUCUAAUGUUUCUAGUGUAAAAAUCACUUUCAAUCGGAACAAUGUCAGUCUUGUUCCCUUGCUUCUUUGAUUGGGCUGUAACGGGGCCCCUUCUCUACCCGUGGGGGGUCCCUGGAUUCUGUUCAUAGCUGUUUGCGUUUGUUCUCUUUUUUUUCUGCCUUGUGCUACAAACCUUUCUUUUAUAAAAUAAAGUUCAUUCCCCUACUGUGCAA